CGACAGUCAUCACGACACCUUAUAUCAGCUUUACGACUGUUUUGGAGUGUGCUAAAAAAAAUGGAUUAGGGUUUAGACGUACAGUUCUAACCCAGUCAGGUUUAGUACCCCUGUCUUCACUUUUUCCUUAUUUAUACGUUAGCAGAGUGCUACAAAUUAUAAAGCUAGUAACCCCAACACAAUGUCAGAAGACAAGAAGUCCAGUUCUUUAGGUUUCUUUUCGAGCUACGACGAUUUGAGCGACAGCAGCGACUCAGAUGAGGAGGGAGAAAGUCGGAAGAAGCAAACGGGAACAGAUGCUCAGGGAAGCGGGGCUCUGUCCUUCCAACACGGGGUCAAGCGAACAGCCGGUGGAGCUGCUUUACCCAGACCAGACGAGCUGUUCAGCUCCGUGUCCAAGCCCGCUUUUCUCUACAACCCACUGAACAAACAGAUAGACUGGGACAGUCUGACUGUUAAAGCUCCCGAAGAGCCUGCCCGAGAAUUUAAGCCCUGGAAAACAAAUGCUGUGCCCCCACCUGAAAGCUACGCUGCAGAACCAGAGAAGAAGAAGGGUCCUCCUCCAGGUAUGGACAUGGCUAUAAAGUGGUCCAAUGUGUAUGAAGACAAUGGGGAAGAUGCGCCAAAGCCGUACACUGGACAUGCCCAGUUCCUACCUGCAGAGGAGCAAGUGUCUGAAUCAGAUGACGAGUCUGAGAAGCCAGCUCUGUCGGCCAAGAAACGUCGGGUGGAAACUUUCCAGCAGAAGGAGAAGAGGAAGCGGGACUUGGGGCAAGCCACCUCUGACAAGAAUUUUGUGGAGGAGGAGAAGAGAAUCCUCAGGCAAAAUAUCGAGUGAGACUCAAACUGCAUUGGAACAGAUUCAUUUUAUAAGUUCAUUUUAGCUGAGGACGUCCACAGACAUUAGCACAAUGAUCAAGUAGGUUGUACGCUGCACUCAGCCGUUUUACCCAUUCAGGUAUGUCGUUGUAAUGUAAUUUGCAGUAUUAGAAUAUUUGUUUAGUUUUCAAAUGACUGUCUGCACACUUGAAAGAUAAGUGUAAUGUUGUGUUUAACAUAACAUCAUAUCAUUGAGGCAUCAGACAUUGAUUAUCUGACAGUCCCAGUUGGAAAAUGUAACCCAGGGGAUCCUGAUUCUGGCAAACCCUGUGUUGUCUAUUCCAAGGUUAAGGCAAAUAAUAGUGCUUUACCAUCUGGGUCUAGUUUUUGGCCAUCAUUAUGUUUUUUUUGUUUGUUUUGUUUUUUCUUCUUUCCCCAUUGACUUUUUACUGACAAGUCACUGGGAUGAUGACAUAUUACCAGGCACAGGUUUAGACUGUGCACAGAGCACUGGGAAUGAACCAAACAGUUGAACGAACAGUUUGGUUCCACUUUGCUCUCACCUUCACUUCACUUCCAACACUGUGGCUUAGACAACAGGGUGCUGUCGACUUGUUUAAUUCUGACUGGUCUUGUCUCUGCAUCCCUGUAUCAGUGUAAAAUUAUCAUAACCAAUAGAAAAGAAGGCCAAAACUAAAAAAAACAAAUAUAUUCUGCCUUUUUAAAAAUUACUUAAAAAACUAUGACAUCUGGCUGUGGUGGUUUACCUGGAUUGUGUUUGUGGUUUAUUUUAUACUAAAUAUCUAAUCACCACUGGACUGUGGUGCUCGUGUUAAUGCAGUGACUUUCUUGUAAAAAUGUGAUUGUAGUGACUCUAAAUCUGUGGAAAUUGCCAUUUUUCACAGUAGAUAUUUUGACUUAUAGUAGGAAAAGCAUGUUAGCUUUAAUGACAUAAAGAUGAGACUGUUCUUUUGCCGAUAAGUCAUGACAGUGCACCAGCAUGCACAGUGUCAGAAUAAUGAAACCAAGGCAGCUAAAUGGAUUUCAGCCAUCAUUCAUUUUACUAUUUACUCCUGUGUUUUUCCUGCUGUGACAUGUCAGAAUGUGUUCAGUGAAAAAAAUCCUGUUACUAUUUAAAGACGUGCUUGUUCUUCCUGCUUAUGGAAACUAGAUGGAGCCCUUAAACUACACAGUAAUUCACUUCCUUCAUGUUUAUGGAUAAAGUUGGAUGCACUUUGUGGAAAUGCUGGCUCCCCAAAUCACAACGCGUCUGUGUAUAUAAGUAGCAUUUCUGAGGAAGAUGAUGCUGAUGUUCUGUUUGGAAGAGUUUCUCACUUAUCUUGAGAUACUUGACACAUACAGACUGUUUAUUCAUUCUAAUGUACUUUGUAUUAAACAUUUUCCUUUUGUUUUGAAAUCCUCUAUCUACAUGUUUAGUAUUGAUCCAGAAUAUUAUUGGCACACUGUACUCUGUCAUGCUGUUCAUUUAGUGUAGUCUGUAAACUGAGAAUUUUAUAGUUUUCUUUUCAGAUGUUAUUCAUCAUAAACCACACAGGCAAUAAAACAUAUUUUACUGGACAACUGCUGUUCUGCUACUGUUCAUUUAAAGUACUUAUUUAGAUGCAAAUGAACAGUUGAACUACACUUGAAAUCAGU